CAUGGCGGAUCCUGAGGUUUGAACAACAGGUACGGGUUAAAUUUGUUUAAUUCCGACUGGACCCGGUCCGAAUUCGGUAAGAGUUUUUAAAAUACCCGGGUUCCUGGAUCCGCCCGCCCAGGAAAUUUCUGUCCUUCCCUCGACGCUCUUCUCCCAUGCGGUGCGGCACAGGAACGGAAAGUUUCUCCCUUUGAAAAACCGAGGCUCCACCUCUACGCUGCAGAUUGCUGUGGAGCUGCUCGAGCCGUACAGUUACCACAGAAUCAAGCUCUGUGUAUCAAAACCGCCGGAGCUCUUGUUCGCCAUCAGAUUGGCACGUGGUGUCAACUCUCACGUGCUAAACAAAAGGGUUUUGUUUUACACCCUCAUUUUAGGGUUUUUGAUUAGUGAUUGGUGAUCAGGGUUUUGGCUGGUGUUCGAUCGGAUGGCGAAGAAGAGGAGCAGGCAUCAGAAUCCGCAGCCUUUCCUCGCAGACGACGAUGCCUCCGUGGCCUCGAAGAAGAGGUCGAAAGCGCCCAAGCAGCACCAGGCGGAGGAGAAGCUGAUAUCGUCCGGCAUGAGCUCCAAGAUCCUGAAAGAAGCCUUGGCUCAACAGAGAGAGAUUCAGGACGAGGCAGAGGGACGAAACCCUAACGACAGCGACUCGGUUUUCGCUCAAGGAUUCACUGAGGCCGAGGAAGCACACGAGGACAUCGAUGAGUUUGCUGGAUUCUCUGAAACUCAGAGCCAAUUUGGCGCUUAUGAUGAGAUUGAUGAAGAGGAUGAGAGAGUAUUGGAGGCAUUCUUAAGAAAGGAUGCGGGUCCCCAGUGUACUCUUGCCGAUAUCAUUGUUGCAAAAAUUAAACAGAAAGAUGCAAAGGCUGCUUCAGAAAUGCGACCAUUGCCUAAAUUGGAUAACUCCAUCAUCGAUUUAUACAAGGGGGUUGGCAAGCUUCUUCGUAGUUACACAGCAGGCAAAAUGCCCAAAGCAUUCAAGCACAUCCCUUCAAUGCAACUUUGGGAGGAUAUCCUAUAUCUGACUGAGCCUGAGAACUGGUCACCAAAUGCUCUGUAUCAAUCCACAAGAAUUUUUGCUUCCAAUUUGGGUGCAAAGAAGGCAGAACGCUUCUACAAACUAGUUUUGCUCCCACGAGUGAGAGAAGAUAUUCGGAAGAAUCAGCGGCUUCAUUUCGCUUUAUAUCAAGCUUUGAAGAAGUCGCUCUACAAACCUGCUGCAUUCUUCAAAGGAAUAUUGUUCCCUCUAUGUGAGUCAAGGACCUGCAAUCUUAGGGAAGCUGUCAUAAUUGGGAGCAUUAUACAGAAGGUCUCCAUUCCUCCCCUUCAUUCAAGUGUUGCAUUAUUGAAGCUUGCAGAGAUGGAAUAUGGUGGUACAACAAGCUAUUUUAUAAAGCUUCUUUUGGAGAAGAAGUAUGCUUUGCCACAUCGUGUACUUGAUGCUACCGUUGCUCAUUUUAUGAGAUUCCUCGAAGAUACCAGGAUAAUGCCUGUAAUAUGGCACCAAUCAUUACUUGCAUUUGUGCAAAGGUACAAAAAUGACCUGCGGAAGGAGGAUAAAGAUAACCUUAGAAAUCUACUUGAAAUGCAAAAGCACAAACUAGUUACUCCUGAAAUCCGCCGGGAGCUAAAUAAUAGCCGCAACCGUGGUGAAAAGGAGGAUGAUCUUAUGUCAAUAUCCUCUCCUGUUUCUGUGAUCAAUAAAACUAUUGAAGAAGACAGGUUUGAUAUUCCAGAGGUUCCGAUGGAGGAGGAUUGAUUGAUUGCCUGGUGGAGUACCCAAAAAGAUACAGUCCAUGUUUGCUGGGAGAAAUGCAAUUUCAUGGCAAAUUUUUGUACAAGUAACAAAAUUUUGGAUUUAUUAUGCCUUUUAAAUGUUCUCUUUGAGCACUCGUGGGACAAAUUUCGUAUUUAUCAUAUGUUGUGGGCAUGCAUCCACAUGCUUCGAAAAAAAAAAAUCCAGAAACUCCAUGAUUGUCCAA